GACGUGUGACGUCGUUGCGCUCGUUGUCAUAGUGAAAUUCAAUGUUGUUUAUGUUUAUAGAAUUAAUUAUUUGAAUGGUUGAGGUUUGUUAAAAUGAAGAUGCUGGAACAGUGUCAAUAAUUGUAUACUGAGCCAAGGAGACAGAUCUUUUGGAAUGCAAAAUGUCUUCUGAUUCUUCUGCACCGUCAAAAAGUGAUGGAAUUAAAAAAACAAAAUUACACUUGAAAAGAAAAACACAUGAGAGCUCAGAAGAAAGUGAUGAUAGACAAGCAAGUCAGGGUUCAAGAGAGUCACAGAAGAGCUUCAGAAGUGUUUCUCGGACAAAACUAACAACAUUGGAACAACUUAGCUGCAAGACCUCAGCAGUUGUUGACUUGUUUCAGAAUGAUGAAUCCCAAAAGAAAUCAGCAACCACCGGGAGCAAUCACAACACUACAGCGCCAACUGUAAUAACAGCUGUAUUGAGAGAUCUGCGAGAUGACAUAAUCCGCUCACCGAACUAUAGACAGUCAGAACCAGUAUCAUUAGUAAAUGGAGACAGAGCAAUUGCAGUUAUUGGUGGAGAUAACAUAUAUGUUCAAAACAAAACCAAAUUUAUUCCGAUACCUCGUGACAAGGCACUUUCUACUCAUAAUGACCACAACUUUUGGGCUCAUCAAGCAACCAGACUGGAGGAACAUUCUCCACUAGAUGUUGCCAUUAUGGUUCAAAAGAUUUUCAUCCCUAUCAGUUCCAUGUGCUUUGGACUUUUGGGUGGUGUAGCACUUCUUCAGCUUGUUCUGGUGAAUAGCCUUGUUGGGGGAGGCACAGAUAUUGACAGGAAAUUCUUCCUUCAGUCCUAUUCGAGAUUUGCAGAACUCACUCCUCUUCUGUUUUACAUUCUUUUGGCUGUUUGUAUUAUAUCUGUGUUAGACAGGAUUUCAGUUGACCAUGACACUAUCAUUUAUCAACCAUCAUGGAUUGUCGUGGGGGUCUACAUUCUGACACUCAUACUGACUCUCAGUUGCGCUUCUUAUGAUGACAUGAUCGUGCUCUACCCGCAAAAUAAAACACUGUUCCAAGAUCAUAUGAAAACUCAAGAGCUGUUGUCUGACUGGCAGCUGCUCAACACCUUGAGAUGUCUGUUUGCCAUUCUUGGUUGGAUCCUGUUCUCAUUAACUUCACCUCCAGAUCUUCUACUCCAACACCUCGUUCAGGUCAAACAGUUUGAGCAUAAAAAACAGCGGAUACCAUUACAAAGCUCUCUGACUUAGUUACAUCUGUCGAUUUUUUGUCUAAGGAUUAUAACUUUUAAAACUAAUUUAACUACACCUCUGUAUAUAUUUUUUUACUUUUGUAGACUUUAGAAUGAUUGAAUACAGUAAAUGAUUGAAUACUAUUAUUCAACAUUUAUAGAAUGAGAUUAUCACUAUUGUACACUUUGUCAUACAACAUUUUUGUAUCCAGUUAAUGUUUACAGGCAAAUGACAAAAAUAAUAUGAAACUAUUGUAAAGUAGAUAAAUAUAUAGAAUAUCAAAUUAUGUAUUUAGAGUCAGUUGUUCAAAAUUUGUCAAAUUCGUUGUUAAAGAGGUGUUGUUUUGUGGUUAAUGAAAAAUGAAUUUUAUGUUGAUUUUAUAAUAACAUUUGUUUAUUUAGUUAUGUGCCUUACAUAGCAGCAUACCUAUAAAGUAAGUAAGAAGAUGCGUUAGUUUUAAUUUAUUCUUAUUCUAUCAGAACAUAUGUUUAUUUUAUACAUUUGUACACUAGUUUAAGCGUCUAUAUUCUAGCGUAUUUAAAAAAUAGUUCAUUGUAAUUGAAUAAAUUAUAUGCAGCUUUAUUUUAACAUGGCCAUUGGGAAUUUUUAAGAAUUAUAUAAAUCUCGUCCAGGGCAGAUUACUGUUGCACUCUUCCAGCACUUAAGGGCUAAAUUAAUUCAGAUGCUUUGCUAUGGGAAAGUAUGUAUACACAUUUUUAAAUCUAAGCAGUUCUAUUCAAAUAAAAAUAUUAAAAGUUAUAUAUCACUGUAAAUCUUAUAAGGGUUAAGAAAAUUACAUAAAAAUAGAUUGUGAACAUGGACCGUAUUACUGAGAAUAGUUUAGUUAAUUAUAUGUUCAAAAUGAUGCCUCAGCACAAAGCAGAGAGAUAUGAUAAAGCUGAUCACGGUGCUUCCUGGCGAUUAAACUUUACUUGGAGAUUGUUAACAUAACAUUAUAAUAUUUAAUUCACUUUUCAUAGCGCAUUUAUUUAUGAUAUAUAUAUAUAUAUAUAUAUAUAUAUAUGAAGACAAUUUUUAUAUGCAAAUCUAACUGUUGUAUGAACUAUAGGUUCUUUGAUAGAAGUAAUCUGUGCAUAGAUAUAUCAAGGCAUAUACAGUCAUUCAAAUAUAUAGCACUGCAUUUCUUGUAUUGAUUCAAGAUAACACCUGCUCUGGAUUGAUAAGAAUUCUUAGCUCAGAUAAAAAAUGUAGAAAAUAAAAUCUACUUAUCCUUGUGUUAACGUUUAGUAAGAACCAAGCUUAACAAAGUCAAACACUCGCCAGGUCAGUGAGGUAGGCUUCAUAUUCUAUUCUAUAUCGAUAUAGACAUAGUAAGUAGAGUUAUAAACCAAAUUUAAACCCUAGGUUAACUUAUUUGACAGUUAUUUUGUGUACAGACUGACAGAAAUCAGAUUUAAUCGUCAACUGGCAGAAGCUUCAUUACACCCUCCAUCAAUAAUUCCAGUCAUUAUUGAUACAUGCAUAUUCGUGUAAUGGGAAGUCCAAGGUAGUGGCUUCACAUAAAAUGUUCCUUGGUUCUUUCUCUACGGGAGCCAAAUAUCAAUUUGUUAUCGUAACUUGCAUAGUAAUUCCUCACUAUAAAUAUGUUUAUAUGGUUUAUUCCAUGUUUUAUCAAGUUAGGUAGGAGGUCUAAGUUAUUACAUAACUAGCAGUUACCCGUGUCUUUGUACAUAAUUUCGUAUGCUUUGCACGUGUGUGAGCACUUCUGGUUCGAGUGAAUUAUAUUUCCAAUGCCAGUUUUGAGUUUGAUUUAUUGGCACAAUCAAGAAAAUAAUAUGUCAAAAAGUGCAUAAUUAUGACCAUUUAAUGUACUCUUGUCUUAGUAAUUUUUGAUCCAUAGUUGAUUUUGCCUUGUUUUCCGAUUAAUAAAAUAUAUAUACAUACAUA